ACCUAAAGCAGUAAGUUCUGGUUUGAUCUGUAAGGCUUAGUAAGCAAUGCUCAAGCUGUUUGUUUGCAAACAGCGGUGGCUUCCGUUAAAAGUAACGCGUGGGCUGGGCGCGGUGGCUCACGCCUGUAAUCCCAAUACUUUGGGAAGCCAAGGUGGGCAGAUCACGAAGUCAGGAGUGCGAGACCAGCCUGACCAACAGGAUGAAACCUCGUCUCUACUAAAAAUACAAAAAUUAGCCCAGCAUGGUGGCACGUGCCUGUAAUUUCAGCUACUCAUUAGGCUGAGGCAGGAGAAUCGCUUGAACCCAGGAGACCAAGGUUAGAGUGAGCCGAGAUUGCACCAUUGCACUCCAGCCUGGGCAAGGGAGCAAGACUCCAUCUCAAGAAAAAAAAAAAAAAAAGAAAGAAAAGAAAAGAAAGGGGCCGGGCGGGGUGGCUCACACCUGUAAUCCUAGCACUUUGGGAGGCAGAGGUGGGUGUAUCACCUGAGGUCAGGAGUUCAAGACCAGCCUGGCCAUCAUGGUGAAACACCAUCUUUUAAAAAUAAAAUAAAAAGAAAAGAAAAGAAAAAAGAAAAGAAAAGCGCGGCAGACGCAAGGACUCACGAAAUGACGGCGGCAGGUGAAGAGCCCGGCUCUAGGACUCGCGAGAUGACGGUUGCGGGUGGGGAGCUGGGCUAAAGGACUCAGGAGAUGAUGGCGGCAGGUGGAGAGCCAGGCUCCAGGACUCGCGAGCUGACGGCGGCCAGCCAGGAGCCGGGCUUCAGGACUCGCGAGAUUACGGUGGCCAAUGGGAGCCAGGCUCAAGAAAUCACGAGAUAACAGCAGCCAAUGGGGUGCUGAGCUCCAGGACUCACGAGAUAACAGCAGCCACUGUGGAACCCGGAGGCAGUUGCUAGGCGCACUCUAGAGCGCGACAAAGGAGACCAAGGGUGUGCCGUUUGUUUCGUCACCGCAAAGAGGCAGGCAGUGGUGCUGUCAGCGACAAAGGAGGCCCAAGGCGUCCCAACCUGCUUUUGAGGCGAGCUCUCCGCCCACAGAAAUGAAUAAACGGACUGCCAUAUUAUAUACCUCGUCUCCAACCAUGAAGGUGCCUGCCCUGUCUGGCAGGACUGGAUGCAACAACAACUUGGCAAGUCUCUUCGAGUGUCCGGUCUGCUUAGACUAUGCGUUACCACCAAUUUUUCAGUGUGAGAGAGGCCAUAUUGUUUGUAACAGCUGUCACUCGAAGCUCACUUUCUGUCCAACUUGCCGGGGCCCCUUGGGAUUCAUUCGCAACCUGGCUAUGGAGAAAGUAGCUAACUCUGUAAUUUUUCCGUGUACAUAUGCCCUUUCUGGAUGUCGAAUAACUGUGCCAUACAAAGAAAAAGCAGAGCACGAAAAAGUUUGUAAGUUUAGGCCUUGUCGCUGCCCGUGCCCGGGUACUCUCUGUAAAUGGCAUGGUCCUCUGGAAGCUAUAGUGCAUCAUCUGAGGAAUGAGCAUGACUACAUUAUAACCCUAAAGAGAGAGUACAUAAUUUUUCUUGCUACAAAUGUUAAUCUUGUUGGUGCUUUCGAUUGGGUGAUGAUGCAGUUCUGUUAUGGCUUUCACUUCAUGUUAGUCUUGCAGAAACAGGCAAAUAACAAUGGUGACCAGCACUUCUUCAUAACUGUACAACUGAUCGGAACAUGCCAGGAAGCUGAGGGUUUUGUUUACCGACUUGAGCUAAAGGGUGAUCGCCGACGACUGACUUGGGAAGCGACUCCUCUAUCUAUUCAUGAGGACAUAGCAACAGCCAUUAAGAAUCGUGACUGCUUAAACUUCAACGCACGAACUGCACAGUUUUUUGAAGAAAAUGACAAUUUAAGCAUCACUGUAACUAUUAAGAUGUGUUGAAAUGGCACUCAAACAUUUUCUGGCCAGUGUUUGAAACGUUAAUUUCACAGAAAAACAGGCACCCAUCUGCCUGCCAACCUGAAACUCUUCACAGGUAUAAGCUCAACACAUGGAAGUAAAUUUAAAAAGGCUAUUAAAUACAGGAAACAGUUGUGUAUAGUAACAUUAAUAUGUUUAAAGAUGGCCAUAUUUUGCGUUAAGAAAGCAUCAUAAAAUCAUUUUGAGUUUUUGCUUGUUGUAGAUAAUAUUGUUGAAAAAUGAUGCUUUUGUACUGAUUUUGUUUUGGGGGUGUGUGUGUUUGGUUUGUUGUUGUUUUUUUUUUCCUUUGACAAGCCAUGUUCAGUGGUCAUGGACCACUGCUUUUCCCCUUUGUGAGUGAAUACAUAGUGCUGCUAUGUGGUAUUUUUUGUGUAUAUUUGCUAAUUUUUUAUUCUAGUUUUUGUUAAAUAGAUUUGACUUUGUAUUCUGUAAUUCAGGUUUUAUCUCACUUUUUUGUACCAUUUUAAGGAUAGUGUCUUUUGAUAUGAAUAAUCGUUUAUGGUAAAAUUUAUAAUGUGUUCCAUGCAUAUUCUUUUCCUCCUGUUAAUCAGUUCAUUAGAAAUAUUUUUAAAUCAGCUGUUUUGUGAAGACAUGAGUUCCAGAAAGUAAAGGUGACAUCAGAAAAGAUAUGAAAACUUAUUAAAAACAUAAGGUGGUCUCUCUCUCUUUCUCUCUUCUACAAAUGAGUCAUACUGUUGAGAUUAAUCUUUGAAAGCUUAGAGAAUAAGUAGAUGCUAUAAAUACUGAAAAUCGGGCUUUUUUUCAUUUUACAAAUAUCUUGGGCAAAUUAUGUUUAAAAUUUGUUCUUUUGUUUAUUGGUUUUAAAGGCAUUGUCAUGCACAGAUCUUAAUUAAAAGCAAAUCAUAUGUUUAAAAAGG